AAAGAGUAAACAAACCACCAGAUUGCGAUGCUUCACCAGCGUAUAAGGCACCAGGGCGUGUUUAGAAGAUGGUUAUCAACCAUCAGAGUCUCUGAAGAAGUGCGGGAUGCGCUGGCUUGUAAUAGGCCUGUUGUUGCGCUGGAAUCUACAAUCAUCACACACGGCUUGCCUUUCCCGGAGAACUUGAGUAUGGCGAAGAGGGUUGAAAAGGAGCUGAGGUCCAGUGGUGUUACUCCUGCAACGAUGGCGUUCAUCAAGGGUAUUCCUAAGGUUGGCUUGGGUGAGUCUGAAAUUGAAUUCUUAGCGAGAUCAGAUGCGGCGGUGAAGGUGUCUCGGAGAGAUAUCCCAUAUGUUAUGGCCAAUUCAUUGAAUGGUGGAACGACAAUCAGUGGGACGAUGAUACUAGCACAUAAAACUGGGAUCAAAGUGUUUGCCACUGGAGGACUUGGUGGUGUCCAUAGGGAUGGUGAAAACACCAUGGACGUUAGCGCUGAUCUGGACGAGCUGGGGAGAACACCUGUGGCGGUUGUGUGUGCUGGCCCGAAAAGCAUUCUCGAUAUUGAACGCACCAUGGAGUAUUUGGAGACAAAGGGGGUAUUUGUUGGAACUUUAGGACCACCAGGCACAAAUAUUCCCGGGUUCUAUACGAGAGAUUCAGGUGUGAAGUCCGUCUAUAACUUUCAAGAUUUGAGACAAGCGGCAGAGAUCAUCUACCAGGGAGAAUUGAUGGGACUUGAGUCUGGUCAACUCCUUUGCAUUCCUCCACCUAAGGAAAUUGCGCUCGAUGACAAGUAUAUCAGCUCAAUUAUAGAGGAUGCCAACAGGGAGGCACAUGCACUCGGUAUAAAGGGUAAAGAACUGACACCAUACCUCUUGAGUAAGAUUGCAACCGCAACAGGAGGUGCCAGUGUCAAGUCAAACGUUGAAUUUGUCUUGAACAAUGCUAGAGCUGCCGCUUCUGUUGCUAAGCAUCUGUGCCAAUUGAAAACUAGCGGAGAAAACCGAGUAGAGGAACAGGUUUCAGAACCACUUCACGAAUCUGGUCAAUUAGAAUCUACAAAGGCAACGGGGGAGGUUAAAUCUUUAGUGAUAGGUUCCAUUGCUCUCGACACGUACUGUUGUAUGAAAGGCGACAUUGUUCUUCAGGAUUCAAACCCUGCCACAAUGGCUACCUCGAUUGGUGGUGUUGGAUAUAACGUUGCCCUCGAAUCGUACAAGCAAGGUAACGAAUCCAUGAGAUUCGUAUCCAGUGUGGGUAAUGAUCCUUACGGUUCAAAGAUUAUGGAUUCCCUUGAUUUGCCAUCAACAUCGAUAGCGGUCUCCCCUUCGAGAACAGCACAAUAUAUAUCAUUCCAUGAUGCUGAUGGUUCUCUUUUCAUUGGUGGUGCUGAUAUGACGAUCAUUGAAGAAAUCCAACCAGACUUUGUCGAAAACGUGAUUAGAGAAGCCUCCCCCAAAGUUGUUUUGUCUGAUUGUAACCUUUCAAAGGAUCUCAUCAACUUCAUCAACAAGUUAAGCACCAAGUACGGGUUCAAAUACGUUGUUGAACCAACGUCAUCUACGAAGGCUUCGAGGUUGGCCAUCGACUCUCUCUCUCCAGAUCACCCAAUCCAUCUGUGCACCCCUACAGUUGCCGAAUUAUGCUCUUUAUACGAAUCUUUUGAACAGAAUGGGAAGUUCGAUCUCGAUCUAUGGUUCCCGGUAAUUGACAGGCUGGGACUCGAUGGUGUUUUCAGAAGCAACGUCGAGGCAGCCACAAUGAGGAAUCCACAGUAUAGAGAGAUAGUUUCGAAAGGCGUUGUACAGAUGGCUAGCAGUUUACUACCCUACUUUAACUGUUUACUGGUGAAAGACGGCAUUAAUGGUGUUUAUCUGUUCUCACGCCACAGUGAUAUCGUCAAAGUACCCAAAGUUGACGGCGUAGAUCUUUCUUUAAGAUCUAGAGGCAAGGAUCACGAAGGAGUCCUGUUCGAGCAUUACAGCUCCCCAGAGCCUCUACAGACGGUAUCAAACGUUACAGGCGCUGGGGACACAUUGCUCGGGUUCCUGUUUAAGGAGAUGUCUGAUGACGUUAAUGCACUAAAGGGCGAUAAGCGUUCACAGAUAAUCCAUUCAGCGCAACUGGCCGCGAUUGGUAAGAUUAAGUAAAGUUAAACAUUAUAUAAGCAAUUGGUUGAAGAAUCAUCAAAGAAUAUUAUAUCUCCACACAAAAAGCGUGCGCCUACCUGCUGACGGCAUUAAAGCUGAUAAGAUAAACCAACGUGCUCUGCAAUUGGGUGUGUGGGUGUAGGCUGUAAGCAACCACGCCCGAAGCAGGAAGUUAUAAGAGGCUCGUGUCAAGUUUAUGAUAACCAUCUGAAUUUGAGGUGCAGUGCUAAUA